AUGAGGGCCACGGCAGUUGUCCUCGCGGCAGUAAUUCGCUUCGCAUACGCUCAAGAGAUAGACGAUAUUCCUGCAUGUGCUCAGGAUUGUCUGGGUGAAAGCCCUACGGAAAACUGUCACAUAUUGAGGAAACCUGAUUGUGCUUGCCGUCUUGGAACGAGCGAUCUCUUUCGUGCCCAAUGGGCCGCUUGCAUAAAAAGAUUUUGCAGGUACCAAGAAAAAACAAUCCAAGAUGUGUGGCCCCCCUUUGCGGCCUACUGCGUCGCCAAUGGCUGGCUCAAUACUUUCCAGACGGAUGUGAUUUCUACAGCGACCUUGACAGAAACACAACCCAGUAUCAUCACCAUUACUCAAUCCGCCACUUACGAUGUCGGUGGCACGUAUGCAACCGUGAGUAUCGAGACAUCCACAUCAUGGACAGAGUCUGGCUCGACCGCAUCACAAACCAUCACAUCAACGACGCAAUCAACAACCUCUAUACCCGAAUCUACUCCUACCGCCGAAUCUACGUCUACGAUUGAUGGUGACAAUAGUGACUCCUCCUCGGAUCGGUUAUCGACGGGAGUGAAGGCUGGAAUUGGUGCUGGAGCUGCCCUAGCGGCAAUGCUGGCUGUAAUCCUACUCUUUUGGUGGCGAAAGAGGAACAAGGCCAGCCAGAAUGUUGGUAAGGAGGAUAAUAUCACACCAGAGCUCGGCGGCGGGGACAAAUCCAACAGAUAUGAGUUGGAUUCAUAUACGGCACCAUUGGAAGCCGACAAGAAAAACCCCGUAAUAUUUUCAAAUCAACAGAAUCAGAUAAUGGCCGAGCUGGACGGAACUCCGUGCGCAUCGCCUGAGCCAAAAAUUCACGAAAGCCUCGAGGUCACGCCUUCAGUUGAGCAGGACACGGUAUCACCGGAGGUCGUGUCCACGAUUUCGCUCCCAAAGUCGCCCCUAUCAUCUGCAACAAGUCGGAUGUCACCGCCCAUAAUUGGAGAUCGUAUUAAUUCCUCGCCGGAACCCCCUAUUGCAGAUAUGGCUGAGCUGGAGCACCUGCUACAUGAAGAGCGGCUCUUGAGGGACAGGAGGCAGACGUUGGAGCAGUUGCAGCGGAUACAAGCGGAUGAACUUGCUUUGGGGGAGCGAAUCAGGACUCUGCGGCAAAGUCGCAACUAG